AUGGCAUCAUUGCUCCGACGUAGUUCGUUGUACUACAAGCAGUCGAGAACACGAUUGCAAAAAAAUGCGGCGGCCAUUAGUGUCCGUAGCUUUAAUUUGAACGCAGAGAAAAGAGCCUUCAAGGAUGUAUUGCCAGAAGUCAUAGACACUGUUUUGAAGGGGCCCAAGUUAACUGAUUUGCCUGAUGUUAGAAAGUGGAUAAGGCAGUUAUUAGAAAACACAUUAUGUGGAGGAAAACUAGGCAGAGGACUCAUGGUUUCAGCUGGUUACCGAAUGUUUGAGGAGCCAUAUAACUACUCAAAAGAGAUGCAGCAUUCAGCUCGUAUUCUGGGGUGGUGUGUUGAAAUGUUGCAGACAUCAUAUCUGAUAGCGGAUGACGUCAUUGACGGUGCAACAGUUCGGCGCGGCAAGCCCUGCUGGCAUCUGCGACCAAAUGUCGGGAUUUCUGCCGUAAAGGAUGCAGUACUUAUUCAACAGUGCAUUCUGGAUAUACUGGACAUGGUUUUCGGGAAGACGCCUUUUUUUACGGACCUGUUAAGAUAUUUUAAUGAUGCUAUGUAUAGAUCAACACUGGGCGAACAUCUCGAUUGCUCGACAGCGUACAGCAAAGAAAAGAAUAACAUCGAUAUGUUACAUAUGGACCACGUUAAUGCUAUCGCUAUAAACAAAUCAGCAUACUAUUCAAUCAAAUUGCCGAUAUUUGUUGCCCUACUCUUGGUGAAGAAUGGAAAAGACAUGGCUUCUAAAGAACUGGAUAAUAUUUGUAUAAAUAUCGGUAGAUUUAUGCAAUGUCAGGAUGAUUACAUGGACGCCUACGGCAACGAAGUCGUCACCGGCAAAACUGGCAGAGACAUACAAGAAGGCAAAUGUUCCUGGGUAGCAGUAACAGCGCUGCAGCACUGCAACGACGCACAACGUUCCAUCUUCAAACAAUACUACGGCAGCAACGAUCCAGAGCACGUGAAGCGCAUCAAGCGGCUUUAUGAUGAAGUGCACCUGCCUCAGCUGUAUGAAGCGUGUGAACGAACCGCUCAUGAUGAUAUAGUGCGACAAAUACAAGCUAUUGAACAUGAAGGAGCAAGGCAUUUCCUCUUAGAAGUUUUGAAUGUUGCUUAUAAACGAAUUUAUUAAUUUCGUUUUUUAUUGCCAUUUUUACAAGGCAGUGUCAGUUCACUCAAAAUUAACGUUCUGGCCACGGUCAGAGUGGCGUAUUAAACGCCACUCUGACCUUGGCUUAUAGCCUGAGGCCUGGAUACUUUGUGACAUCUCAGCUCAUCUUUUGGCCAUUCAUCCGGUCUCAUAAAUCUGAAAAAUCAGUUCAGCUGUUUCACUUAACUGAUUCCGUUUGGACUGGUAUUUUGUAUGCUUAUAAAUAGACAGCAAUUAAACACAACUUAGAUUAUAAAUUAUAUUAUCAAAAACAAUGAUCACAAG